AUGGAGCAACCUAGCGACCGUGCAGCAUCCCCAUGUGAAGAGGAGUUUCUCUGGAGAUAACAGGAACACUUGGCCCAGCAGGAUGGGCCUGUAUCAGAGGAGGGCAUACUGGACUGGAGAGAUGCCACUCGGAAGGAGCUGUGGUAUGAGGCCUUAGAGAAGGUACAGCGGCGUCGGAGAGAGAGCCUUCCCAGUGAUGAACAGCGGUUACAGGUACUUGUGGCCCUGCGGUCACCUUUCCUAGGGGAGCAACCCCUUGAUGAGUGGGUAAUAGAACUGUGGGACCUGAUUUGGAAGGAGUUGUGGCUGGAUGGAGCUUACCGGCACUAAAGUGGUACGCCACCCAGCGCAACCCCUGGAUGACUAACCACUAUCUGCCGGAAGGAGAGGAUUGUAAUGGCCCAGGCUUACUGUGGGAGGCCUUUGAGGAGGGCAAUGACUUUGGAUGCCCAGCAGAAUGUCAGCUCUGGGACAUCCACGACAUCAGGGAAACUCUGCUGGAUCUUCCCCGAGUUGAUGACCUGGGGCCAGACCUGAUUUAUCUAGUCACAAUGGAGUGGGAGCUGGAGCAGAGUUACCAACAUCUGUUCAGCUUAGCACAGCAACCAAGUAUACAACCAGGAGUAGGGACAGUCGGUCCUGCUCCCCAGUGGCAGUAUACUUUGCAGGGAGAGGAGACAACUAGUCUCCCUCCCCAGCGGCGGCCUGAGUUCCAGGAGGAGGUGAUGGUCGAUCCCUCCACCGUACAGCAGCCAGCGUCCUGGGGAGGGGAGGCAACCGGCCUCCCUCUCCAAUAGCAGCCAGAAGUACCAGAGGUUAGGGACCUCAUAGACUUGGCCUGGGAAGACCCACAGAUGGCAAGCGGAGAUGGGACCGAGGUCUCUCUGCCGGCCCUACAGGGAUGCUGGACAGCCGGCCCAGAUCCCCAGCAGCAUUAUACUUUGCCGGGAGAGGAGACAACCGGUCUCUCUCCCCAGCAGCGGCCUGAGUUCCAGGAGGAGGUGAUGGUCGAUCCCUCCACCUUACUGCAACCAGCGUCCUAGGGAGGGGGGCAAACAGCAGCCAGAGAUACUGGGAGAGGGGGAAGACAACCCUAACCACACUGGCGCAGAAGGGACCGCGCUCUCUGUGCCAGUCCUACAGGGAUGCUGGACGGGCGGUCCAGAUCCUCAACCAACCCCUCAGGGAUGCCAGGAGGAGGAGGUAAGCAAAACUUCCCCUCCCCAGCUACAUCCCAACCGGGUCCCUUUGCCACUUGUGCCUGGAGGGGACUACUGGCUAGCCUCCUGCCUUCUGACUAUGGCCCCUGUGCUGAUCCACAUUUUCCCCUGCAGAAAGGUUUAUUUGUGUAUUUCUGCCGGGAGGUUCGGGACUUUCAGUAUAUGAGUAGUGCUACCCCAGAUAGCUAUGCCAUGGAGCCUGUUCGUGUAACGAAAGACUAUGGAAAAGGCUUUGGCUCCAUGUUGAUUGAACUGCAUGUAGGUGAUCUGAGCGCCAUUCAGUAAUAAUGUGCGCUGAGAUCUUAGCUAUCUGGGGAUAUGUUGCAUGUAUAUGUUUUAUGUAGUAAUUGUAACAUUGUGUAAUUUUAUGUCUUUUUGUAACCAUGUGGUUAAUGGAGUCUUGCCUCUGUCCUGGGAGAUAAUUUGAUUACUUCCCAAUUAUCUCCAGGAUAGAGAGGAGGGAUUGUGAUGUCACUGUGGGAGUGUUUUGUUUGUUUUGUCUGUGAUUGGCUAAUAUCCAAUAUGUGUCCCAUUGUUCCAUCAGGUCCCCUAGGGAAGUGUCCACCUGGUGGACACUUGCAUAAAUACCAGGCAGGUAUCCCUCAAUAAACCAGACCUACUUGCACCUUUCUUGAAGCCUUGGCCUGGGGCAAGGGAUACCUACACUCUGGGGAUUGCUAUAAUCACUUACUCCCCAGAGUGAGCUCUUGUAAGAGCUUGAUUUGUUCCUGCUACACUCUCUGAUUUUAGCAGAGGUUCACCCACUGGGAGCUGGAUCCUGGUCGUGGAUCCAGGGUGGGUGAGAGACGGCGAGACCCCGGCGCAGCUGAAUCGAUGGAAGUGGGGUCCGUAGUGCUGAUGAUGUCGGUUGGAGUGCUCGGAGUCCUCGGCAAGCACUAGGAGCACCGAUUGGCAGAGGUACUCAGUCAGAGUGCAGCGGUCCAUCACACUCCCCACAAACAUCAGUGAACCUUUGACAUAUAUGAGCCUAUCACCAGUUGUCCUUCCUUGCAAUACGUUUCCCACAGAUGAAGUUCAAGAAUCGACUGUUCACUUGCUACCUAAUAUAGCCCAACCCUUGACAUGUGCUAUUGUACCAAUAUAAUCAAUGUUAUUCACUUCACCUGUCACUGGUUUUAAAGUGUACAUAUUAAAGGAACACUCUAGUGUGCCACAGUGGUUAUGGUGCUUACAGUGUUCGUUUAACGUAUUACUUGAAUCAGAAGUGAGUUAUGUUGGAUGUGAUAAAAUCUCCAAAGUGGAUACACUAUAGACCCAGUGUUUGUAGUUGAAUGUUACAUUAAAUGCAUACCACAUAUGUAGAAUAAUAUAUUUUCUGUAACAUCCCUUUGUUACACACACAUUCCAUUACAAUGCAUUCACCACGAGUAAACAUUUAUUAUUGUUUAAGCAUAUUCCAUUUGCCAAACUAUAAUUAUAAUCCUACGCAUUCAAGUAAUGUCUACAUCCACAGCCUCAAAUAAACACACCCGCUACAUCACCAAGAUACCAAAACAUCAAUCUAAACUUUCUAUAUGGCUGUGUUGUGAUGAUUUUUCUCAGAAAUAUCAUAUAUAACAUGAAUACAAAUGUUUCUGUCUGUAUUGAAGCCAGAUAUAAUUAGUAGUUACACUCUGUGGUUUCUGUCUUUAGAUCAUGUCCGAAUAAAGACAUUUAUGUUUAAAGUUCAGGCAAAUGGACAAACAUUGAGAGAAAAAAAAUCCAUUUGAUAUAUAUUGUUAAAUUAGUAAUACAGUUUAUAUUUCUGUAUUCUGUAUGUAAUGAUAUAACUUGACAAAAUGGUGAAAAAUGUUUUUAGGUUAGAUACAAAGCUUAUUCAUGUAGGGUAGAUCAAACCGAAACAAAGACAUUAAAAGAGUCACAACCCUCCAAUUCAAUGUACACGGCUUUUGUAUGUAGCUUUAAUCCUCAGAAACAUAUCAAAGGUACACUUUAAGCAGCAGAACCACUACAGUUUAAUUUAGUGGUUCUGGUGCAAUCAGUGUGUCCCAGCACCCUGACAAUUGUAAACAGAGCCUUUUACAUUUGUCCCUGUCACUCAGACAACUACUAGAGGUACUUCCUGUUGUGGCUCUGCAAUGAUUGCAGGACUGACAUUAGGCAUCUUUACGCUUUGCAUGAAGACACCAAACACUUGAGAUAAUGUAUCUCUGUUAGGAGAUGCCGAUCUCUGAACAUGCUCAGUAGCAACUAAAUGCUUCCUUAUGGGGAAGCUUUGGAUUGGCUGAGGCAAUCAUCAGAGCCACAGCAAGACAGGUACAGCAAGUGAUGAAAAGUAAGUUUUUUAAUUAUUUAUUCUACUAUUUAUUUUACUAUUGAAGGGCUUGAAUUUAAAUAGGCAGGAGAUAGAUAUAUGUUUGUGUUUCAAGACAAAAAGGCUAGGGAAGCAUAAGGUGAGCAGUAAAGGGGGUAACCCUUGGCUAUUAAUGUGCAAAAGAAGAAAAAAAGUUGCCUAAAAUAUGUUUAUAUUUCUAAUGCUAGAUUGCACCUUUAAUGAGUACACAAACUUGUUAGAAAAGUAGUGACAUCAUCAAAGUAGUCCCAUCAACCUGAACACACAAAACUAAAAACCUGGUUAACAAUGUUAAAGGCUAGCUGGGUCCAUGGCAUCAGGUUUAGAUCUAAAUGAAUAUCUCCUGUAGAGAAAAGCAAAAAGUUCUCUCUCUCCCAAAUCAUAACAUUACCAUUAAGAAAAGCAUUUGUACAUAGUCAAAAAUGUACAAAUGUCUUAAGAUAUGGCGAUGGCCCACGUGGAGACCACACAAUUGGUAUGUCACAUUAGUUUAUUUUUCGUUGUUCGCCAUCUGAUUUCAAAUUUUUGUCUUACAUGUUCAAAAUGCCACUCGCUGAGUAUAAUGCUCAAUCCAAAUGUUUAUUUGUUAAAAAUACAUUGACAGCUCGGGGCUGCCUGCUGGUACUUUACCACUGAUGUGCUAGGAGGGUUCUGACGGUAAUGAAGAUGUUUUACAAUCAUCCCUUCUGAUCAUGUCAAUAAAGAAUAAAAUAUUCUAAGUAUAGCGAUUUCUAAUGAUGGUGGGAGUGUCAGUCCAUUGUAUGUAUCAAUGUGAAAGAGUAGUCCCACAGGAUGAUUCUGCCUAUUUCUGAAUCCCAUUUUUUUUAAGGAAGGUGGUUCUGGAAUAGUACAAACGGCAUUAUAACAAACAGGUAUCGAAACGUUAGCUUCCAUUAUCAUUUCACACUUUUUAUGUGAUGUAAGAGUGUAUUAUUGUUCUAGGUGUUCCAGCCUUUUAUUGGGACAAGAAAAUGAAUUGUUUGAAUGUAUUUCAAUACAUCUCUAGUAGUUACUUUCUCUUAUGAGGUAGUAUUUGAAAAUAAUAAAGUAAACUAAAUUUUUCAUGUAUUUCACCUGUUGACAAAAUUCCAUUAACCUGCCAGACAGAUAGGGCAGAUAGCAUAUACAAUGGUGAAUGUUUCUUUAGUAUAGAUUACACUUAAAAAGAACUGCAGAACUACACAGAUUGGCUUUUUGUUACAAUUCUGUGUUUAAUUAAUAGUUCUGUAAACAUAAUGUGUAAACUAAUUCAAUUAAUCUACAUACCACUAACUAACAAGAAAAGGAAAGCAUGAUUUAAACUUUUUAAUAAUUUUUUCCAAAGAUUUUGUAACUUGCCUAUGUUUCACGGGAUGUUGUUGAACCUCACAAUAUAUUUUUUACUCUUUUUGUUAUUACAGAGAUCACAUAGAAACACUUUAAAUUUUACUACAAAAGUUAAUGCUUUUGUUGUUGAAUAUUUUAUAUAAAAUUAUUUAUAUAAAAUUAUAAUGGAAGCUUAUUACAUCAAAUAUAGCUUUCCACAUACAAUUAUGCAUUUAUUAUUCUACGAAAAUGCACUCAUCCCUAAUUAUUAUACACAUAGUAUACAGCUCAGGUCAGUGUAUUUCCUAGUCUAAAGGCAAUUGUUUACUUAAGUCUAGAAUACAGAAUAUAGACAGCAAGUUACAAGUACUCCAAAUAGAGCUCAGACUGGCCAGCUAAUUAAAUGGAAGUUAGUGCUGUUAUUUUCUAACCACAAAGGAUUCACAACGGAAAUUCACCUCUCAGUUGUGGAAGUGUGGGUGUAAUCUAAUAUUGGAGGUGAACUGUGAUGUCACAGCCUGUUCUCAUGUCUUGAUUGGAUGAAAAAAAUCUUACAUACUGUUUAAAUUCACGGAUUAUUUGAUAAACUCAAAAUUGUCGCACUAUCAAAAAACCGUGUUUAAUCUGCAACAAGAAUUUCUGCAGCAUCUUUUUCUAGACAGGUAAUCAUUUAUAUUUUGAAAUUGUUGUUAUUUGCUUGAUCUAUUGAUUAAAUGGUAAUGAAAUAUAAGUGUAUAUUGAUUAGCAAAUUAAACCAAAGCUUAUUCUACAAUGCUACUACGGCAGGCUAAUUGGGUAGUACAUACUACUUGCCAGGAUUGUGAAGUGGCAUGUAGUGGCAUUAUGGAUUUACAAAAUGAGCGUUUUUACCCCAUUUUACAAUCUGAAUGUACUGAUCCUGAAUAUAAAUAGACUACAAGAAUGUCAACAUGUAGUCAAUUUACAAUAGUUAUUAUACAACACUGUUCUUUUGGAUAUACCUAAAUUGUGAGCUAAGUGAUAUUAUUAUUAGUGGUAAUAGUAUUAUUAGCAGUAUUAUUAACGGACUAAACUAUUUUUAUUUUAUCAACAAAUGAAAUGCUUUUGUUGACUCUGACUGGAAUUCCAGUUGAUGCAUUAACCCACAGGAGCUACAUUUAAGCAGAUAAUGUGGAAUACAAAAUAGGCUAGAUAAAAUAACAAUUACUAGAUAAAUUAUAUGUAAUUGGAACAUUUGCACUCCAGAUGUUGUGGACUACAUCUCCCAUAAUGCUAGUACAGCCAUAAUGCUGGUAAAGCAUCAAAUGAGACAUAGUCCACAACAUCUGGAGUUCCAAGGUUACCUACUCCAUAAGAUAAAAAGACCGAUUGACCAGCCAAAUGUCCAACACAAGGAAAUCAGUUCCUGAAUACUAAAUAACUUUUUGCGAUUUUCUAAGAUGUGUUCUAAACAUGUCCUUAAUAGACUUUGUGUAGGGAAAUAUACGAGGUUUGUAGAGCCUUCAGUCUUCUGGAGAGCCUAUUGUUCUCAUAACAGGCCUUGAAGGAAAACUCCAAGAUCAACGGAUGCUUUCAGAGCUAAGGAGAGCUAACAGAAGUUCCUUAUUAGGAACUUCUCACUUUGCUCCAUUAGUACAGAGUACCUUCUGCAGCACAAAAAAAAAAAGAUAAUUGAUGGAAAUCAAUAUAUAUAGUUAUUGUUUUCCAAUUUUCAGGCCAUUUUGGUUUAUCUGAAUCAUUUUUCACGAAACUAUUGCAUGAAUAAAAUUCAUUCGAACCAAACACCACAUGGAUGAAUCUCAAAACUCCUGCAACAACUUUUGUUUUUUCAGAUUAAUUGAUUCAGAUGAACCAAUCUUUUUCACCAUGCCAAGUCUAAUUAAUAUUAUAUUAUUUUAUAAAUGUUGUGUGGUAGAAUUAUGCUUUUAUAGAUUGUCACAGAAUUGAAUAAUAUCUUAAACAAUCUAUGCAUGAUACUUAUUUAUGUCAUAUAUACAUAUAUGCUUACAUAUUUCAUUAAAAGGAAUGUAGUGCUGCAUAAUAGAUAUAUAUAUCAGAGCAUAUUCCGUUUUGUAUAAAUAAGGAAACAUAAACAGUGCUUUAAAAGGAAUGCAUUUUUGCCACAAAAUUACAGUAUGAGAACAAUUAGGUGGCUAUAACAAAGAGGGAAAAGAAUAAAGUAUAAGGCAAUUUCUCCGAAAUCUUAACAACCAGGUUCUUAUUUUAAAUACACUUUAGACACAAAAUGGUGAUGUUAAGAUCCUCGGAUCCAAAUAAAACCUGUAAUUUUUUGGAAACAUUACACAAAGCUAGAACAGCUAGUCUCUGUAUUAUUUAGUUCCUAGUGUGAUUAUAAAUAUAACACUGGCGCCUUUGUUUUCAUGUUUAAUUGCAUCUUUCAUAAUUCCAUACAUUAAAUAUGGUCAUACACUGUGAAGUCAUACUUGUCGCAAAGAUAGUCAAACACUGUUAUUACAGCUACGAUGGAUUAAACCUCUCAUGAAGCUUAGUCAGCUCACUGAGGGGGGUAGGUUAAUUGUCUAAUCCAGCUGGAGGGAUUACACAUUCACUGUCAAAAAUACCGUUUUUUGUAAUUGCCCCAAGGCCAAAGAUGUCUGACCCCUCCUGAAUACAGAUUAAGCAACAGUGCACACACAAAAAUGCAGUUUUAAAUUCUAUAAGGCUUCUUAAAAUCACCUAUCUCAACAAAUAUGGGGAUUCAAUAUCAUGUGAUGCCCACUAUUACUCCACAGUAUCCUAGUAUCGGUGGGUCCUGCCUUCAUUUUAACAUGGCAGACAAAUUAAAUAGUGCUAGUCAUAAAAAGAUUGAAAGUGUAUUUAACUGUGAAUAUAUAUAUAAAAUGCUGAAUUAAUGUGAUGAACAAUAUUUUAAAAAAUCCUGUGUUAAAACUAAACAAUUAAAGUGAUAGUGCUUUGAUGUAUACACUCACAAUGCAUAUCAUAUAUCUGCUCUAUACCAAAUAAUAAUCAUUAUUAAAGUCACAUUGUUAUCCGAAACCUCCUCAAAUAUAUACUUUUCUGUGGUCUUUUCCAAAAGGGGCCUCUGAAGCUUGGGGGUGGGGCGGUCUGCUCAACCCAAAAGGAAACUGGUCUGGACUUCAAACAUAAAUAGUAUAUUCACAAAGAAAAUGAUACCCGUACAAUGAACACAAUUUGCCAUACUAAACAAAGCAUUAAACCCUGACAUAUCACAUUUAUUUUGGACGAGUAGCAGCCAAUCACAGCACAAAAUUAACUAAAGAUGUACGUUCGUCUACCUGUAAAACUUUUCUAUAUGUUACCAUCCCAGCUCCUAACCAUCCAUUUAUCCUGUCAGCUAUAAUCGCAUCUAUCAUUCAACACCACACCACCUUACUAUAGAAACCCUUGUUCCCCCACUUACUGUUACCUAUACGUCAAUUCUGUAUUCAGUGUUUGUACCUGCCUAUCUUAUUCACCCCUAUCAGAGAAAUACAUUUCACGUCAUGGAGGUGGCAUAUUGGUUGGGUGCACCAAGAUAAAUAUCUCCCUUAACAGUCAUGGCGAUUUAGAGAGCAUGUUUAUGGAUCAUCUUUAAUAUUUCAUGAUAUUAAAUAAAGGAAGUUUACAUUAUAGUAAUAAAGCCCAACAUUUCACAUCAUCCAUAACAGCUCUUAAAGUGAAGGUUUUGUUUUCUUACGGAUUACGAAAAGCAACAUCUGCAACUGUUUUGUCAGUCAACAAAGAAUAAAUAGCACAGUAAAAACAAUACAAACAUUAUGUGUGGAUAUUCCUUUGCUGUAGUGAGAGCUGACACAUGAAUGUAUCUCUGUCUAAAGAUGCAUAACUCAUAAUUAUCUUUUGAAGUAUUUUUGUUACAAAUUACAGACGUUUUAGUGUAUACUUCUCGGAAUUCCAGAAUUUCCAGCAUUUCUUGGUUAGAGUAUAGUCCUUAUUGUCAUUGAUAAUAGGCAAAUCAAAUACAUAAUUGAAUAAUUCAGACAUAUGUUCAUCAAGGAGCAAAUUUUGCCUCAUGUACUCUCAAUAUUAUGUUGAUAAUAAACUAAUUUGUAUAUAGUACAUUGCUGCCUAAGGAGGCUUUGAGUGAUUUGGUGCAUAUUCUAUGAUUUAAAAGCAGAGAUAUAUAUUACAUAUACAACUAUUACACAGUCUAUCAAACUCAGAAGGAUCAAAGGUUGAACAAACCUUGUAAAUAAUCUACCCAGCCGCCUUGACAUUUGAACAGUUACUGGAGUUGGUCAUCAAUUUUGACAAACUUGUAUUACACUAUUAUUAAUUAAACUUACAGGUAAACAAUGUUCUACAGUAUCCUAAGAAGUCUGUUUUAGAUAUAAAUUUUUAAAUUUUUCAACAUACGUGAUGCACCUUAGCUUCUCUUCUCUGAUUUUUUUGAGUUUUAUCCUUCCUGUCUGUUAUUAAAUGUUUGCCACGUAAGAUCCAUUCAUCAUCACGUGAGAGAAACCUGUAAAAACCUGCAAUUUAGCCUGCCUUCCUUUGAGAUACUUAGUAAUAUACUUUACUAUAUGAUCAGUCCAAUUUACAGAGAUAAAUCAAUACAAAGAUCCCUAAAGUUAACUGACACAUUUUGUGUUUCUGUUUCAGAUAUUGAAAAGGACAAUGAAACGUGCGUUGAUUUGUAUCUGCCUCUUCAGCAUUGUAUCGUGUUUCCCUGUAAGUUGAGCACAUGCAUGAAAUUAUAUGAUAAAACAAUCAUUUAUGUAAUUACCUGUAACAUUAAUAUUCUGUUUCUCUUGAUCAAUGAAUAGAUUUCAGAUUCAGAUUCAGACAGCUCAGACAAUGCUGAGGUGAGUCUUAAUCAUUUCUCAUUAAGGGUUUAAAACAUACAUGUACUGCUAUAUAAAUGUAAAAAUGCUGUAAUAUUUAACACAUUUUAAUGCAUCUUGUACAGCUGGCAGCAAAACGUCAAUGGUAAAAGUGACACUACCAUAAAAAUGCAAUGAUCACUAUGGAAACCAAUAGAAUUCCAUGUUAAAUGCAAUGAUGUCCAUGGCGAUUGCCCAACUUUUCUAACUAUGACCUCACUUUUUAAUUACAUCACAUUGCUUUAUACUAUGUAAAUAAAUAUAGAAAGCGUAAUAUACUUACUGCAUAUAUAAAUAUAUAAACUAAUAAACAUAUAAACAAGCAUUAAAAUAUUUUCAUAGCGUUACCAUUCUUUUAACUUUUUAUAACAAAGGUUGUUGUUUUUUUUGUUUUGCUUUGUUUGCUAUGUCUUUGUUUAACAUUAUUUCCUCUAACUUAUUUAGUGCACAAACAUGUAGUAUAUACUGUGUAUUCUUCCGGAUUUCUUGCAAACCAUGCAUAAAUACAUAUAUAGUCUUACUAAGCAUAAAACAUGGAAAAAGUAGGAACAGUUUUGCCUUUAAAGGGACACUAUAGUCACCUGAACAACUUAACCCCUUAAGGACAGGCCUGUUUUUGCGAUGUUAUACGUUAAGGACCAGAGCGGUUUUAACACUUUUGUGGUGUUUAGCUGUAAUUUUCGGCUCUCUCAUUUACGGUUCCCAUACAAAUUAUAUAUAUAUAUAGUUUUUUUCAGGAGAAGAAGGGCUUUCUUUAAAUACCAUUAUUUGUAUCAUGUCCUAUAUUUUACUUUAAAAAAAAUAAUAAAAUAUGGUGAAAAAUUGAAGGAAAAAAAACAUGUUUUGGGACUUUUACUUGAAAAAUCUUUUAAUUAUCUACAAAAGCUAAUGAAAAAAACUGCUAAAUAGAUUCAAAAUGCUGUCCUCAGUUUAAAAACACCCAGUGCUUGUGUGCUUUUUUGCUUUUUUUUUGCAAGUUAUAGGGCUAUAAGUACAAGUAGGAAAUUUUUCUUUCGAUAUAUAUAUUUUUUACAUUUAUCAAUAGUGACAUUGUAAUACUGUUAUUGGUCAUAAAUCCCAGAAUCACACCCCACAUGUACAUAUUUUUUUUAAAGUCGACAACCCAGGGUAUUCAAUAUGGGGUAUGUCCAGUCUUUUUUAGUAGCCACUUAGUCACAAACAUUGGCCAAAGUUAGCAUUUAUAUUUGUUUGUGUGUUAAAAAUGCAAAAAAAGCUAAAUGUUUGUGACUAAGUGGCUACUAAAAAAGGCUGAACAUACCCAAUUUGCAAUACCUUGGGUUGUCUUCUUUUGCAUAUCAUAUAUUAUGCCAUCAUGGGUGUAAUUCUCAUUCCUGGGCUACCAUACGCUCUCAAAGGCAACAUUACCAAUCUGACAAAUUUCAAUAAAAAAAAAAAAAGUAAAAUCAAGCCUUAUAUUUGACCCUGUCACUUUCAAAAACACUAUAAAACCUCUACAUGUGGGGUACUGUUAUACUUUAGAGACUUCGCUGAACACAAAUAAUAGUGUUUCAGAACAGUAAAACCUAUCACAGCAGUAAUAUCAUCAGUGAAAGUGCCGUUUGUAUGUGAAAAAUGCAGAAAACUUCACUUUCACUGACCAUAUCAUCGUUGUGAUAUGUUUUACUAUUUUGAAAGACUAAUAUUUGUGUUCAGCGAAGUCUCCCGAGUAAAACAGUACCCCCCAUGUACAGGUUUUAGGGUGUCCUAGAAAGUUACAGGGUUAAACACAGUGCUAGCAAAUUAAAUUCUCUGGACUUUCGUCCUGGGUUCUCAGGCAUCUCCCUCAAAUUGCAAUCAAUAAAAUUACUUAAUUAUGUAAUAAUAUUACAUAAAUAUGCACGCAAAAUUUAAAUAUACAUAUACUUGAAGUCUACGUGUAUAUUUAUGAAAUUAUUUAUGUAAUUAUGUAUAUGGACAUAUGUAUAUUUCGUAUUUAUUUAUUUAUACAUAGAUAUAUGUAUCAUUUCAUUCUUAGUGUAUUUUGAUAUAAAUAUAUAUAUAUUAAUAUCAAAAUACCAUUAGAAUAAAAUUAUAUAUAUAUAUAUAUAAUUUUUUUUAAUUAUUAAAAAUUAUUUUAAAUUUUUUUAUUUAUUUUAAAUGCUUAUUAUUUAUAUUUUAUAAUAUAUAUAUACAUUAUAUAUAGUUAUUAUAUAUAAUAUAUAAUAUAUAUAUAUACACAUGUGUAAUUUAAUUAUAAGUGUAUUUUUAUAUUAAUAUAUGUAUAUAUAAAUAUAAAAAUACACUUAGUAUGACAUUAUAUAUAUGAUAUAUAUACAUAUGUUAUAUAUAGAUAUAAUACAUGUAUAUAUCUUAUAUAUAUACACAUAUAUAUUAUUUUUUUUACACUUAUUAAUUUAUUUUAAAACUUUAUUUCUGAUUUUCCACUUGCAGGGAGACUGCCUGUCAGCACAGACAGUCCCCCUGCAGGCAGAUACACAGGCACCUAUUGCGGCCAUGUGAUCGAGCGAUCACGUGGCCGCGAGGUCCUGAUCUGCAGACAGGCAGUCUCCCUGGACCGGGUGAAAAGCUGAUCGCCGCCGGGGGACCGACGGCGAUCAGGUAAGUACCCCAAGACCGUUAUGACGGUUCAGGACCGUCAUCAGUCCUCAAGGGGAUGUUUCCAAUGACGGUCCUCAAGGGGUUAAGCUUAAUGAGGUUGUUCAGGCGAGAACUAUAGCUUCCUGCAGCCUUUCUCAUGUAAACACUGUAUUUCUGAGAAAAUACAGUGUUUACAUUGAAAGCUAGGAACAUCUCCAGUUGCAGUCACUCAGAAUGCCACCAAAGGGACUUCAUAAUAUGCCUCAUCCACUCAGAUCUGCUGUGCACAAGCAUCCUGUGAUUCAGUAUCUCCUCCCACUGCAUGCAGACACUGAACUUUCCUCAUAGAGAUUCAUUGAUUCAAUUCAUCUCUAUAAGGAGAUGCUGAUUGGCCACGGCUGUGUUUGAAUCAUGCUGGCUCUGUCCCUGAUCUGCCUCUUUGUCAGUCUCAGCUUCCUAUGGGGAAGCACUGUGAUUGGAUCAGGCUACCACAUGUCAGCAGACUGCUUGUUUUUCCUGAGUCUAACAGCAUGCAGAUUUACAGCUUCUGGCUUGAAUACAGUAAUAUUUUUACUAUAUUUAUGGAGGCAUGAGGGGCCCAGGGGGGCUAGAUGGUCGUGUUAACGCUAUAGGGUCAGGAAUACAUGUAGUUGCACUGGUGACUAUAGUGUCCCUUUAAUAACUAUAGGGAAGUUUGUGGAAACAGAUUCACCCCUUUGUCCUGAUUUUCAGUAUACCUCAUAUGCCUACGAGUUUCAGUUGUUUGCCUUUUUUGGGAGGGGGGGUUGCAGCCACAGCUCCUGUAGCACAUAGAGUGCAUUCCUUUUUUAGAGAUUAAAGUUUUACAAUUUUGGUCACUAAACCCAUUAAAAAUAAUAUUUAUGUAGGUGUUUUGAAACAGUCAUUUUGUUAUUAGUAUGCCAAAAUCUCAGGUAAGAUCUUUUAUCAUUUAUAGGCAUAACAUUACAUUCUUGUGUAAGUAAUAAGCCUGGUUGUUUAUUCUACGGCCGUAAUGUCUCUUAAAAGUGGGAACAAGUCCUUUUUGUAUACUUUGGAUCGGUUUUGGAAACAUUACAGAACCAAUCCUGGUACAUGGACAAUUUAAUUAUAGAAUUUGGAAUUACUAAUGCUGAUAGCUCUGGUCUUGAAGGUGUCAGUCAAAUAAUUUUGCAUAAUGUGACUUUUUCCCUUGUUUUCCCUGUUCCAAUACCUUUAGUUUUACUGUAAAAUAUUUUUUACAGCAUUCUGCACCAUAACUCCAACCUUUUAGCCACGCCUCCCCUGUUCACAAAACAUAUUCUUGAUUGGAAGGUAAGCAGUGUAGCUCAGCCAUUGAGAGAUCAGUGUGAGUUGAGCUGCUGACUUGACUCCACCCUCACAGUCAAUCACAGUCCACUUGCUGUCAGUAUAGUAUUUAAAAGACAUGCUAAAGGCACGCUAAAACACUAACCUGUGUUCCUAUAUUCCUAACGCUUUGAUGUUCCUGUCCUUAUCCUAACAGAUACCCCUUCCUCUCUCCCCCCCGUUUGGAAUAAAGUCAUAAAAAAUGCCUUUUACCCAGCGCCAAGGCUUCCUUUGUGCUGUUUACCGCUCCUCCAGCAGAGUCAUGGAGGAGGAAUGACAUGCCCUCCUCCAGAGUCAUUGCAUUGCUGAGUUAAACCUUCACAGCCACUACACCCAGACCACUUCAUUAAGAUGAAGGGAAAGAGGAGAAAUAAUACCAGGGCAGUGAUUGGCUAUGAGGUGGAGUGAUGUCAGCUGCAUAGUUCACACUGAUUUCUCAUUGACUAAGCUGAGUAUGUACUCAGAAUAUAUCUAAAAUGGAAGUGGCUGAAUCACUGGUGUAUCCUUUUAAAAACAGAAAAUCUGGGCAUUUAGUGGGACAGUUCUACAGUAAUAUGGCUAUAUAAUGAAUUCUGUGUUAAACAUUCACCGUAUAGUUUUAUUUAAUGCAUAAACAUGUAUGCUUUAUUUUUCUUUACAUAUAGUUGAAGAUUAACCGAAAAUCAUCAGAAUCAAGCUUGCAGAGUUCAGAACAGCAGGUGGGUAAAAUUGCUGACCACAGAGCAGAUGUAAAGAAAAAGCAACUUGAUGAAGUUUUCUUACUUGUCAGCCUAAAUAUAUUGAACAAAACAAAAAAAAAAGGUGGUUUUUAGUAUCACUCCAAAGGCCCUUAAAAUGUAAGCUCAUCUACCCUGUCAAGGCAAACCUCUUAGGCAACCAUUUAGGCAAACCUCCUAGGUUAGCGCUUCACUAACAAUUUACCUUACUGCUUUCAGCUAAAAGGCAACAUUUCUAAUGAGACAGAGAAGGGUAUUCUUAUGUUACAGUUACACCAAUUUUCAUAUAUUCCUUCAGUAGCUGUGUGUCAUUUUAAAACCAUUUCUUGAAAAUCUUGUUACAAGCAGUUGGUUUGGAGUAGGAUAUCCCAAUUGUCAAUAGCACCAAAAGAAAGCUGGACCUAUGAUGAAGUUCCCAGAUCAUGAUUUAAAUUAAGGUGGUCUAUAAAGAAAUGUAUACUUCAGUUUUGUAUUUGUUAAAAUAUAGCACACUUUCAUAAAUUAUAUGUAUCCCAAGUUCCUGCCGACACCUGACGGGUGUAAUCACAACUCACAAAGGUCAACGGAGGGCUGGCUACAUUUGGCCAGGGUUACACCUUCAAGCAAGCAGUCAAACAUGAGGCCAAACUACUGCGUUGUUUCACCAUACUCCACUUGCUUUCUUAAUUUUACAUAACUGUUUUAUAUUUAUAUUGCCAUUAUUGGACUGCAAUAAUAAUAAUAAUAGUAAUAACAGAGUAUAGUUAAAAUGAUAUAUUGUGCAUUGUACUGUGAGGAAGCAGCCCACAAACCCGCAGCCCACCUUGCAAACCCUCCACUGACAAUGGCAAAGGUCUAAUAACAUGAGAAUACAUAUAUAUAUAUAUAUAUAUAUAUAUAUAUAUAUAUUACCAAAAUACAAGAGUAUUGCAUCAUGCAAUGAUACUUUUUUUAUUGGACUAACAUAAUAUUUCAAAGAUAAGCUUUCAAGAGUUAUUCUCUCUUCCUCAGGUCUGAAGCAAUACUAUUGGACAAAUACGACUAAUCCAAUCUACACUAUAUAUAUCAAUAUAUCUAUGUAUAUAUAUAUAUAUAUAUAUAUAUAAAAUUAUACACAUAUAUAAUAAUAAUAAUAAUAACAAUAAUAGCUUCAAGUCAUCCCCAUGACAUAGAACAUGUUGGGGCUCAAUACAGACAUCAUUUGGAUGUAAAAUUAAUGGAAAAUGUACAAAAAUAUUUCAUUUAACUACGAACCCUAUGAUACAUUUCACUCAAGAAAUGUUCUUUUUAUGUGACUUUCUUUAGCCUGACACAAGUGAAGAAGUCACUCCUGUGCAGAAUGUAGACAAUAUUAAUGGUGAUACAGUGGACAAUACAGACCAUGUGUCCUUACCAAGUGUUAACGAUAAUGAAAAUCAUAAAGAGGAAGUAUCAGAAGGAGAUGAUGCUGAUGAACAUAGUGAGGAAGAUCAGAGCUUGCACACUGAAGACCACAACGGUAGUUCUGAAAAGGGGAAAAAUGGAGAUUAUAUUUCUGGAGAACAUAAAGAUGAGGAUGACAAUGGAGAAUCAGGGAGUAAUGAAGACAUUUUUGGACACAGCCAAACUACAGUAAGUUCUGGUUGCAUGUGUUAGACAAAAACACAGUCAAAAUGCAUAUUAAUAAAAAAUGAAUCCACUAAAAUAAUUUGUACUUUAGUGGAUACAGUGAUAAGUGAUUAGUAUACUGACAGUGUUCCAUCAUUAGGUGAUGUCUCUCUGCUUUUAGGCCUGGAGCUUAAAAUUACAAUUGGCCCAAUUAAGAAUUUAGGAUUUGCAAUUUUGGCAUAUUGUGCUUUAGAAGAUCAAGAGCCUGGCCUCAGUGUGCAACUAGACUUUGCAGUCACACAUAAAAACAUCCUAUUUAUAAGCUGAAAAGCAUUUAAAAUUCAUAGUUAUAAGAAGGCCAAAGCACAAAGAAAUCCACUGGAAAGCAAUGGGUACAAGAGGUCACUGCCUAUGAAUACAUCAAAAGACUUUAGAAGUAUAGAGAGCAGAGGUUCUAAAAUAGUUUAGAAUGUGGUAACAAAUCUCAAAUCACAUGGAAAUAUAUCUAAUGAAGACAGUCACAGGAAGUAGCCAGAUAUAUAGCAGUUCCCAUUAUGCGCACUGUGUGUAAUGGGCAUUUAAAGGGUAUGGAGAAGAGAUACAGAUUUGUAUGAGCAGUGCCAAAGAUAACACUAUAUAAUGUGCUAUUGUUUGAUCCAAAGAAUGUAUUUCUGCCACCCAGGCCACAUGCUUUGAAUAUCAAAGACAAAAAGGAUUAGGGGCACACCCGGAACAUGCAUUUUGCAGGAAUGGUGCUGCCGUAGUGACCGUUCAUACAGAAUACAGAUUAAGUUACAGUGCACAAAUAAAAAUACAUUUUUACUUUGUAUAAGGCUACUUAAAAUUGCCUAUCCAAGCAAACAAAUAUAGGGAUUCAGUUCCACCAUUUGGCCAUAUUGUGUUAAGCCCACCACUACUUCACAGUAUCCCAAUAUCGGUGGGUCCUUCACUCAUUCCAAACGUGGUAGACAAAUUAAAUAAUGCGUGUGCUAAACAAGCUAAAUUGUAUUUAAUCAAUUAAUUUUAUCACAAUAGUAUUGCAUUUAAUAUACUCAAAAUGCUCUUACAAUAGAUUAAAUACACUUUAACUUAUUUAGCACUAUUUAAUUUGCUUCCCACAUUUGGAAUUAGUGUAGUGUAUUGGGGUGCUGUGAAGUAGUGGUGGGCAUAACACAAUAUGGCAAUAUGGUGGAACUGAAUCCCCAUAUUUGUUUGCUUAGAUAGGUGAUUUGAGUAGCCUUAUACGUUGUGAAACUUUAUUUUUAUGUGUGUGCUGUAACUUAAUCUGUAUUCUACAAGCUUUGAAUAUGGCACAAAAAAAUAAAUCAAUUAAAAAAAAUAAGUAAGACAGUGUAGGUGUAUUGCAUUCUCUGGGUCUGGAGUUUCAACUUCAAUAGUCUCUGUAUUACUCUAACUAUGGGUUAUCCACUCCCUUUCUCAGUCUAAUACCGUUAACAUAGAUCAUAGUAGACGUUUGUGUUUGAGCUAAAGACUCAUUUUAGUUGGGCCUGAGGAGUAGGUGUAGAACCAAGUGUAAACUUUGGAAUGAAAGAUUAAGAAGAAAACCUUCCCAUAGAAACUAGAGGUAGGUGAGCAGCACUCACAUUAAAUUGUAGCAAACUAUUUACCGGAACUUUGAUAUCUUAUUUUACUUUGGUUUAUGCAUUUUCUUUCUUUCUUGAGGGACAGAUCUUUUACUACUUUUUUUAGUAACUAAAAUGUAAAUUUAUUUGCCACAAGGUGUGUUAAAUUAAUUUGGGUCAAAGUUAGACUUUUCAAGGCUUUGAUCCACAUCAUUUUUUUCAUUUCUAUUCGUAUCAUAUUUAAUGUUGUCUCUCAAGAUAGAAGUCUAGCGAUUUCAUGGAACCUAAAAGAGGUUGAACAAUAAAUAGUGCUAUCUAGCAAUUCAAAGAAUAGGACAUCAUAUUAAAGGUACAAGAGCCACAGAACAAGGUCCCAUUCUAUCAUUUAGCAUACAGACAUAAGAAUUUUAUUUAUGUAAUUAAAAGUAUGAUAAAACGCAUCUCUUCAAUUAUGGGUAAGUAGUGUCUAUGAUUUUCUCCUUAAAUUACAGACUGUGUUUUUUUGAGUGUUCUUUUUCUGUUACUGCAACCAUCAUAGCUCUCUGUAAUGGUGUCUGUCAGUGAAGGUAAGGACUCAAACUCUCCUUAAUGAAAAAAUUACAAGUAAUCAACAUGGCCAGGCCAUUUAUAAGUAGAAGAGCAACAGACCCACUACAUACUUGUUUACAUGCCAUAUAUUUUAAAAUAACAUCUUAAGCAUUUUAUUUCCUGGUAUUUUGUUUAAUGGCAGUUAAUUGCUUCUAGAUUUAUUAUAGUAUGAUUUUUACCAAAAACUAGAAUGCCUUUUCAAGGAAAAAUAUUACAGUGUACAUAUUUGUGUCUUACACAGGAAAUUCUAGACACUAAUUGCUGCCAUGACAAUAAAGAGACAAAGAUCGCAGAAUCAAGCCAAAAGCAAAUUCAUACCACAGGACAAAAUGAACUCUCCAAUGAAAGUCCUACAACUUCUGACAUAAAUAUUAGUGAUACCAAAGAAAAUGCUGAUGUUGAAAAAGGGAGUAAUGUAGUUAGUGACGAAACACAUCAAGAUAAUGAUGUAAGCUUAGCUAGUGAUGUCCUUGGUGAGGAGGAUGAUAAUGAUGACUAUGAAGAUGAUGUAAAUGUCAUAACUGGUGAUAGUAAAGAAAAUCAGCAGAAUGGCGACUGUGGCACUGACUUACCAAGCCAGGAGUAUGACUCUGACGGAGACAAAAUGCAAAAUGAUGAUUCAAAUACCUUAUUAAGCAUCAACAGUGAUUCCAGUAUGAACACAGAUACUGCAAAUAGUUCCUCUAAAAUGAAAAAACAAGUCACAACUGAGAAGAAAAAUAAGAGAAAAAAAGUUGCUAGUAAAGAGACACACGGUAGUCCAAAAAGUAGGGAUAAAAAGAAACCCAUAAGGGCCAAAUCAAAUAACCAAAAGCAGGAAGCGAAGAAUACAUCAGAAGACCUCAUAAGCGAAGAGAGCAGAGGUUCUCAAAUAGUAUAUAAUGUGAUAACAAAUAUCAAAUCACAUGGAAAUGUAUCAAAUGAAGACAGUCACUCACAGGAAGGUAGUCAGACAAAUGAAGACACACACGUAAUUCAACAUUCUAGCCAAUCUGAAGAGGGAGUCACGAAAGCUAAAAAAUCUCACAAGACCUUAAAGCAGAAUAUAACCCAGUUAAAGAAAGAUAAUACGGACUCAGAUGAGAAAACCACUCAUUCAGCAGAAGAUAAAACGGUGUCUACAGAAGACACUAUUGAAUCACUGGAGGAUGUGAUAAAAUCAGUAAUAGACACCACAGAAUCAGUGGAAGUUCCAUCUGAGUCUGAAAAGGAUGACACUCCAUCAGCAGAAGAUACCACUGAAACAGUGGAAGAUCUAAUUCAGUCUGAGAUAGAUGCUACUCCAUUAGCAGAAGAUACCACAGAAUCAGUAGAAGAUUCAUCACUGCCUGAACAGGAUUCUACUCCUUCAGCAGAAGACACCACUGCAUCAGUGGAAGAUAGUGCUCAAACAAUCGAGGAUGUAGAUUUGUCACAAGAAAAUAUUAGUGAGCUGAAAAGUUUAGAAAGUCACUCAAAUGAAUUUAAAAGAUUGAAUGAAGAUCAGAAGCAACUGAUGGAAAAGGUUAGCAAAAGCACAUCAAUGGAAGAUAGCAAAAACUCAAAAGACAUUGGUCAUAAGUCAACACAGGAUAUUAGUCAAUCUAGAGAAAGUAGUAGCAUCGAAAUAAAGGAAACUGCAUCUGAUGAGAACUCUGAAGAUAUUGAUUCAAAGCAAAGCAACAGCAAGUCAGAUGAAGUUGACACCACACAAGAAAAAGUAAGUGGCAGUGAAUCAACAGAGAUCAAGGAAUCAUUUGAAAUGAGGUCCAUGGUGCUUGGAAACAGUUCAGUGUAUGACAGCAGCUCUAAGAGCAAUUCAAAUGAAUUAUCAAGCAGCUCCAAAGAGGACAAUAAUAACGAUUCUGAAACAACUGGUAUGAAAGACAAAGGAAACAUGACUUAUGAGGAUAAUGAAAGCCAAUCUAAAGAGAGCACUGAAAGUGAAUCAAGGAUGGAGAAGCAGAGUGCAUCUAGUGAGUCUGAUAAUGUUAGCAAAGCAUCAAUAAGCGUGGAAAUUGAUAGCCGAAGGCUAAUGUUUGGUGUUUAUCAACGUAAGGCCAUUGGAAAUGACAAUGAUUGCCAAGAUGGUUAUUAA